AAAACGCGGCGCGAGUAAUCAGAGGGUGAAUUUCUAAGCUCCUUCCUAUCAUUUUCCUUCACAGUAUCCUCUGAAUAGACGAAUGGGCCAUCUUCCUUUUCAUUUAAACUCUUACCCUAAACCCUUCUAACUACUAAUUUAAUCUCCCGUUUCUUCCUUUUUCUGAAUCUUCUCUUUUCAUCAACAAAUAAUUAAAAAGUUAUUGGGUAUUUCGAAAAUCUCCCUAAAAAAUCUAUGUUUUUGGCCCUUCACUUUUCAUUUUAGCAGCAUUUUAGCAAUGGGUGUUCUCUUACUGAAUUCACUCCCAUUAGGGUUCCGGUUCCGACCGACUGACCAGGAACUGAUCGAUUUUUAUUUACGGUCUAAGAUAAACGGAAAUAGAAACGACGAGAUUGAAAUUAUUCGUGAAAUUGAUGUUUGCAAAUGCGAGCCCUGGGAUUUGCCUGACUUAUCUGCUAUAAAAACCCAAGAUCCGGAGUGGUUCUUCUUUUGCCCACUCGACCGGAAGUACCCAACCGGCAACAGGCUCAAUAGGGCUACCGAUGCUGGUUACUGGAAAGCUACGGGUAAGGACCGCAAGAUCAAGUCUGGCUCCACCUUGAUCGGCAUGAAGAAAACUCUGGUGUUUUACAACGGGAGGGCUCCAAGGGGAAAACGAACCAAUUGGGUUAUGCAUGAGUACCGUACUACACUCGAUGAGCUUGAUGGUACCAAACCUGGACAGAAUGCUUUUGUAAUUUGUCGUCUAUUCAAGAAACAAGAUGAGACCAUUGAAGAUAUAAAUGGUGAUGAAGUUGAUCCAUCUGUGUUGUCUCCUACUGAAGACAUGGUGUCGGAGUUAGAAGUGCCUCAAGACUCUCCUACUGUAAAACAGGAAGCCGAGAAAGCCUGCGAUACCAGUGAAACAUGUCUUGCCAGUUUGCCCGAUGAAGUGAUUUCAAAUGCUGUUGCACCCAUAGUCGAGGGCAAUAGUGACAACCAUGAUAAUUAUAAUAAAAUAGACCAAGUGGCUGAAAUAGCCCCUGCAGAGGUGGAUCUACUUGAGGAAGCUUUGAAUCAUUUUUACGAUCCCAUGAUGGAGCCACUAUUUUCUCCAUUACACAAUCAGAUUGAAGCAGAGCAGGCACCUUGGAUGUUUGAUCAUGUGGGAAACUGUUCCAAUGUGGAAUUUGGACACGGCACAAACGAAAAUGAUCCUUAUAUUUCUAACUUCCUGGAGUCUAUACUUAAAAAUUCGGAUGACUACCAUGGUGAUGACACUGGUAGUCAGAAGAAUUCAGAAUCUGAGACCCAUACAACCAUGACCAUUGGCAAGGAUGGUGGAUUUUGCAGUGAAUCUGGUUCUGAAGUGACCCAAGUGCUGCUUGGGACAGACACUGUCAACGGGGUUCCUCCUCUAGGGACCGCACAAGAUUGUGGAAUUCCAAUUUGCAUGCAGGACGUUUACUUUUCUGGCACAGUGCCAUUCUAUAAUGUUCCAAAUAGUGAUGGAGAAUUAUUUAGCAAUCAUAUGAAUACAUCUUGUGAUGUUGAUGGUGCUAUCACUGGAAUCAGGACCAGGUCUCGCCCUUCUCGAAGUCAACUGGACUCUGAGAACCCCUUGGCACAGGGUAAUGCAUCAAGAAGACUACGGCUGCAGUGUAAACUUCAGGUCCACUCACUUCACUGUGACAAUGCAAUAUAUAACCGGAGUGAUGUAGAGAUAGAAGAUGAUUCAAAAUCAGUUGUUACAAAGGAGGAAAAAGUAGUGGAAAAGGAUAUCACUGUCAGUUGUAAUGCUGAUUUCGGCAUUGUUUUGGGUUCAAAGACCAUUGUUUCAGCUCGUAAAGAGACUUCAUCUCGGUGGUCAAAGGUGUUUUCAGUGCAUCACUCACGUAAACCAUUUGCUGUUGGUUUUCGGGUAGCUGUGAUGUUAAUCUUGUUUAUAGUUUUGAUUAGCACACCAAAGGCCUUGUAACUUGAUGCUACUUAUUGCGUUGUGUAUAGUUAACAGUAGCACAUCACCCUUUUUUUGCCCCCAUUUCGAGGAUCGUACCUAGUUAGGGCUGCAGCUAUGUUUUUGAGUGCUGAUGUUUAUGAUAUGAGUACAUCUAUUUAGUUGUUGUAAUAUACAAGAGUUUAUAUACAUAUAUUUUUUUAUUUUUGCA